AUGGAUGACAACGACCACUUCCCCCGCCAACACAUCGAUUGGUCGCUGGAUGAUCAGUGGUGGUGGCCAGCGCACAAGUUCGAGCUUCAACAAGAGGACCUUGUUGGUUCUCUGUAUCAGCGUUUCAAUACCAGGGUGGUCCCGGUCCAGACCCUCGAAUGUUUCCACCUCGACGUGCGCGAGAUCGCCAACGCUGUGCCGCGUGGAAAAGUCGAUGUGCUGUACGCGAAGCUGGAGGAGCGGGCCACACAGAGGAGAAAGGAGCUUGCCAAAUCCUAUUCUCGAAUGCUGGGCGAGUUGGUGAUGCAUUCCGAGUGUUUUGCAGACUCGGACCAGUAUCACGCCUUCUUCCAGUUCUCGCGAGAGUUUUCCUUCGACGCACUCGUGGCCCUGGUAGCGGACUUCUACCAGCGACGGCGCCGGCGGCGGCUCUCGCUGCCCGGUACGGUGAAGGAGCACGGGAUUCGGCGGAUCGCCUGCUUGUACUCGACAGAUGACGGUCAGUCGGAGGACGUCCAAAAGGCCCAGGCCGAGCAAAAGAGGUGGCUCGGCCUCGUUGCAACGGCCCGUCACGAGAUACAGUUCAUACCGCGUGGCGAGCGGUCUGACGAGCGGUUGGUGGCCCACGAGGCCGUCUGGGAGAUGCUGGAGCCCACUGCGGCGGAGAGGUGGACGCCUCGCAUGGCGUGGGCCAGCCUGAAAGCUCACUUUACCGAUUGA